AUGGGUUCUGGAACCAGUAGCCUGUAUGCCGUAUCUGUGAGUGCACCGGCCGCAUUGAGUCCGGUUCCGGACACGGCGAGUGAGAAAGGCCAUUGGGUGAGAGAUGCGACCGGCAAAGGGGUAAUGAAGGGCUUUGUGAAUCCGUGGGAGAGUGCCCAUGAAUUCACCUUUCCUGAAAUUUUCAAGGCCAUGAUCCAACACAAGUUCUUCUCUGGAAACAGUCAGAGGCCUGACACCUCACCGCCAACUGUCUCUGUCAUCAAACCCGAGUUUCUUCCAACUAGAACAAGCUCAAGCUCACAGGCUCUUCGUGCAACCUGGUUAGGUCACGCAUGUUACUACAUUGAGUUCCUUACUGGUUUACGUGUUCUUUUUGACCCUGUAUUCGAAGAGCGCUGUUCGCCAUUCUCCCGGGUAGGCCACAAAAGAUUUACCCCCAAGCCCUGCGACAUCUCUGAUAUUCCAAUUAUCGAUUGCGUGGUCAUAAGCCACUCCCAUUACGACCAUCUGUCUCACCCAACCAUUCUUGAAAUCCAUAAACGACACCCGUCCGUUCAAUUUUUUGUUCCGAAGGGCCUUAAGAAAUGGUUCGUAGAUUGCGGGAUUACGAACGUUGUUGAGCUCGACUGGUGGGAGGACGUAGACCUCACAUUGACCAAGUCAAGCAGCGAAAAACCACGAUCAAGUUCCUCGACAUCUGAUUCCUCACAGAGUGACAGAAUCACGGCAAGAAUAUCUUGCCUCCCCUGCCAACACGCCUCUGCACGUACUCCUUUCGACAAAUCAACCACAUUAUGGGCUUCCUGGUCCGUUUCAUCCGGUGGCAAGUCCGUGUAUUUUGCCGGCGACACGGGCUAUCGCAAAGUUCCACUCUUGCCCAAAGGCGUUGAUGACUGGGGCUCGGAUCUUUCUCACCUCCCGAUCUGUCCUGCAUUCAAGCAAAUCGGCGAAUUUCGGGGUCCUUUUGACCUUGGCUUAAUUCCGAUUGGAGCAUAUAUGCCCCGGCAUGUUUUGAGUACGAUGCAUUCGAAUCCGUAUGAUUCUGUGGAGAUUUUUAAGGAUACAAAGUGUAAAAAGGCAAUAGGUAUUCACUGGGGGACGUGGGCUGUGGCAGAAGAAAGUGUGCUGGAACCGCCACAAUUACUCAAGAAAGCGUUGGCUAAAAGUGGCCUUUCUGAGACGGGUGUUUUCGAUGUUUGUGAUAUUGGUGAGAGCAGGGAGUUUUGA